AUGCUAUAUCCAGGUCAAUUUAUAACAUUUACAUAUUUUCAUUAUGUACUGCAGCUGAGAACUUUGAGAGGGGGCCAUGGGUCACGAUUUGGUGCUUUGGACUGGAAUAAUCACAUUUUGACUACUGGAGGUAUGGAUGGUCGGAUCAUCAACAAUGAUGUUAGAAUGAGAGCACACAUUGUUGAAAUGUAUAGUGGACAUCAUCGAGAAGUUUGUGGGCUUACAUGGUCAGCCUCCGGCCAGCAGUUAGCCAGUGGUGGUAAUGAUAACCUCCUCCACAUAUGGGACAGAUCGACGGCUUCGUCUAAUGCUCCAACACAGUGGCUUCAUAGGCUUCAGGAACACACAGCUGCUUUUCAAGGUCUUGCGUGGUGUCCUUGGCAAGGUAAUUUAUUGGCCUCAGGUGGAGGUCAGAAUCAGCCCUCUCUCUGGAAAUACCCUUCCAUGAUGAAAAUAGCUGAGCUCACUGGGCAUACAUCCAGAGUUCUUUUCAUGGUUCAGAGCCCGGAUGGAUGCACAGUUGCAUCAGCAGCAGGGGAUGAAACACUGAGAUUUUGGAAUGUUUUUGGGACACCCGAAGUGGCAAAAUCUGCACCAGAGGCUAACUCAGAGCCAUUUUCUGACUACAACCGUGUUCGAUGA